UCAUCGAAUCCCAAAUUAUGGAGUCCGAUCUCCAAAUCUAAACCUCGCAGCGCGGCGGAGUUGGCUCUCUCUCUUGUCGUUAUCUCGCCUUAUGGAGAUCCCUCCGGCCUCAGCGGCGGAGCCGAUCCUGGCGGCGGCCGAUGAACCCACCGCGGCGGCGGCGGCGAUGUGGGAAUGGGGUAGCCUCUUCGACUUCACCGACGUCGACGAAGAUCCCCUGAUCCUCCCCUGGGGAACCUCCGACGAAGCCCUGACGCUGCCGCCGCUGUCCACCGCGGAGCUGUCUUCCCUCCCGCUCCCUUUUGCCGAGCCGGCGCCGUCGGGGUUCGAGGAUGGGAUGGGUCGCGUGAGGAAGAGGGACCCGAGACUCGUUUGCCCGAACUAUUUGGCAGGAAGGGUGCCGUGCUCGUGCCCCGAGGAGGAUGAGGAGGCGAUGCAGGAGGUGGCGGUGGCCGGACCGCGGAAACGGUCCAGGAAAGGCGGGGCAUCCAGGGUGGUUAGGUGCCAGGUACCGGGGUGCGAGGCGGAUAUCAGCGAGUUGAAGGGGUAUCACAAGCGGCACAGGGUUUGUCUCCGGUGUGCGAAUUCUUCAUCGGUGGUUCUUGACGGGGAGCACAAGCGUUAUUGUCAGCAGUGUGGCAAGUUUCAUGUUCUGCCAGAUUUUGAUGAGGGCAAACGUAGCUGUAGGAGAAAAUUAGAACGACACAACAAAAGGAGGCGAAGAAAGCCUAAUGACUUAAAUAGUAUAGUGGAAAAAGAAAUGGACACGCAAGAAGACUCACUGCCUGAUGUUUCUUUUGAUGGUGAACCAAUGAAAGAGAUGGUAGAUGAUUUUGCAUGCAACACAGCUGAGACAGUUGUGAGCAACAAAAGUCUGGAUGGAGAACCUCUAGCAGAAUCUGAAGAUGGGGGAGGUUCUCCCACUGAUUCACUUCCUAGCCUUAAAAACAAUGAUAUAGUAAUUUCUGGUGAAGCUCAGCAAGAUGAAAGGAUUACUAAUUCAAAAUCUGCCCUUUCUUCUAGUUUUUGUGAGAAGAAGAGUACUUAUUCAUCUGUGUGUCCUACAGGUCGAAUAUCGUUCAAGCUCUACGAUUGGAACCCUGCAGAAUUUCCUAGACGAUUGCGCCAUCAAAUAUUUCACUGGUUGGCAAAUAUGCCUGUUGAGUUGGAGGGUUAUAUACGUCCUGGAUGUACAAUUUUGACUGUUUUCAUUGCAAUGCCACAGUCCAUGUGGGAUAAGUUAUCUGAAAAUGUGGCUCACUAUGUGAGGGACUUGAUUAAUACACCUGAAAGUUUGUUGCGGGGAAGAGGCACCAUUUUUAUUUAUCUUGGCAAUAUGAUUAUCCAUGUCUUGCAAGAUGGAGCAACGUUGACAAAUAUCAAGAUGGAGGUGCAGGCACCAAGACUUCAUUAUGUUUAUCCUUUUUAUUUUGAAGCCGGGAAACCUAUGGAGUUUGUUGCAUGUGGAAGCAACCUUGAACAGCCUAAAUUUCGGUUUCUGGUAUCAUUUGCUGGAAAAUAUCUUAAAUAUGACUCUUUUCAUGUCAUAUCUACUGGGAAAUCCAGGUAUCUUGAUGGAAAUAAAGCAGUGUGUAUCAACAAUUCUGAACAUGAGAUGUUCAGAAUAAAAGUAACUCACCUGGACUCGGAAGUUUUUGGCCCUGCAUUUAUUGAGGUUGAAAAUGCGGCUGGAAUAUCCAACUAUAUACCCGUCCUCAUUGGUAACAAACAGAUAUGUUCUGAAUUAGAGAGAAUGGAAGAACCUGUAGUUGAUUCUUGUUAUGCUGGUCGCAUUAUGUCCCAAAAUUUUAUUGCUAAUUCCUCUCCAGGCUUUUGCGAAAUUCUUGCAUCCAGACAAUCUGCAAUGUCAGCAUUGCUCUUAGAUAUAGCAUGGUUACUGAAGGCACCACAUUUGGAAGAAAAGGAAGCUUUUUGGAGUUUUACCAAUGUCCAGAGGUUAACUUCUAUGUUAAAGUUUUUACUCCAGAAUGAGCUUUUUAGUGUGCUCCAAGCAAUAAUGCAUCAUCUGGAUAAUAUUAUUCUCACCGAGGGCUUUGAUAAGCCAGACAAUUGGACUUCUGAUGUCGACCAGAAGCUAUAUGAUGAUUUUCUUAACCAUGUAAGAGAAAUUCUUUAUCAGAGAACUCUAAAUGAUACAAGGUUAACAGAACCAAAAAACCUACUUUGUGGACUUCUCAUGCCACAAACCUCUCAGAAGACUAGCAUGUGUGCCAAGAAUUAUACAAAUCAAGAUAACGAGGCAAUUGGAGACAGUUCGUGUUCGACCUCGUUGCAUCCAGCCAUCGAGCAUGAUGUAAAUGUUCCACUUGUAACCAAAGAGAUUGUUGACAGGAGGGGCUGUCACCAAAACCCGGUUUUCAAACCCUCUUUGGAUGAUAUUUUCUCAAACAAAAUCAUGAGGACUCGCUUUCCUUUGUUUGUAGUAGUUAGUGUUGUUUUGUGCUUAGCAGCAUGUAUCAUCCUCUUCCACCCACAUAAGGCCGGGGAGUUUGCGAUUUCCGUCAGAAGGUGUAUGUUUGGCGGCCCACCCUCGUGAAACCAAGCUAACACUUCCGGUUUCACUUGUGUCCUAUGUACAGUGUAGAAUUGUUCGGCUUGCACUGGUUGCAAGUAGCAUCUCCCCAAAUUCUAGACGCCAUAUAUUGACCUCAGGGAUAGUCUGGACUGAAACAGAGCCCAACUUGCAAUCUGUAAAGGUAUUUGUUACUCUACUAGGUCAGAAAAUUAUGGGUUUGAUAUAUGGUCCCUAUGAUUAUUGUUUAGAAUGUAGACUAUCACUCCUUUUGUCAAUUUUGUUCGAUGAGAAUAUGAUCUUAAAAUUGUUGGUGUAACAAAUUUCGUCUGUUAUUUUUUUAGCCAUCAUAAACUUUUAUCUUUUGAGCUCGA